AUGACAGGGUCUGCCAUCUCGAUUGGAGCAACACUUCUCCCAUUGUUUGACCAGCUGGGUCUCCUGGACGAGUUUGUCGCUAUCGGAAAGCGGUCUGUCCGGUGCAUGGUCAACAGAGAGGGCGACCAAGUGUCGUUUGCCAACGACUUUACGUUGUGGAAAGAAUACACUGGAUACCCGGACUACAUGGUUGGACGUCCAGAACUAUACAAUCUUCUCCUUCGACAGAUUCCACCGGAGAAGGUCCACUUUGGGAAACGAGUCCUGACCAUCAAGGAGGAGGACAACAGGGUGAAGGUCACUACUGCGGAUGGGUCUUCCUUCGAGGGCAAUAUCCUUGUUGGUGCAGAUGGGGCCUACAGUGCGGUUCGUCAACGCCUCUAUGAGGCGCUAAGAAAAGAGGGAAAGCUACCAAAGUCGGACCAGGAGGAUCUCCCUUUUAGUUGCACCUGCCUUGUGGGACAGACUAAACCUCUGGAUCCAGAAAAGUACCCAUUGGUGAAAGAACCCCUCUGCCAGUUCCUUACGACCCUAGGCAAGGACAAGCCCUACAGCUGGGCUGUGUUUACAACCGCCCAGAAUUCGGUCUGCUAUGUCGUCAUUCACCAACUCGACAAGUCCUCUAGCAAAACUGCAGAGGAUCAACGAUUCUGCGCCCUGGAGAACGCCGAAUGGGGUCCGCAUGCUGCCAAGGCAAUGUGUGACCAAACGCGAGAAUUUCCUGUCCCUGGAGGCGAAGGUUUGAAAACCAUGGGCGACCUUUUUGAUUUGACACCACCGGAGCUCAUUUCCAAAGUUAUGCUGGAGGAGAAGGUCUUCGAUACGUGGUCUCACGGACGCAUGGUCUUGCUUGGCGAUGGCGCCAUGGUCGCGAUGCAUGAUGCCGCAGCACUCGCCAAUCUGAUCUACGCCCUCCCGCCCAAUUACACGACCAAGGAUCUCGAUAUCGCCUUCCAAGAAUACAAGGCAGAGCGGUAUCCACCUGCUCUGGAGUCGUUCAACAGCAGUCAGCUGAUGAACAAGGGGAUCGAGCGAGGUCUAGGCGGAACCGUUGCUCGUUUCAUGAUGCAGCAUAAGCCGGAUUGGUUGUGGAGACUAAUUUUGAAGGGUAUGGUCAAAAAUAGACCCUUGGUGGGUUUCCUCAGUCAAGUGCCUGCCAAGGGAACCGUCCCCCCGAAUGUGUCCCCCAGCGAGGUCAAAGCCAGGGCCGUCUUUCAGCAGCGAAAUCCUGCUGUUUCCGUCUCUGUGUAG